AUGGAGCUCCGAGCCCUUGUCCGUUUUCUCGGCUUGUCCGCCUGGGUUUUCUCGCCAGGCGCGUUUGCUGCUUUCGGCUACACCUCCUCGGGCGGCAACUAUGUCAUCGACGCCGGCUCUGCGAACCCGCUGGUGUUCUCGGUGAGCCAGUCAAGCUGCGACAUCAACUCGAUCAAGUUCCGCGGCACCGAGCUCCAGUACGGCAGCAAAGGCACGCACAUCUCCUCCGGCUUGGGCUCGGCCACGGUCUCGAUCAGCCAGAUCAGCGGGUCGUCCCAGUACAUCAAGGUGACUUGCGUGACCUCCACCCUGACGCACUACAUGGUGGUCCGCCAAGGCGACAGCACCAUCUACCUGGCGACCUACAUCACAGCCCAGCCGUCGAUUGGUGAGCUGCGCUUCAUCGCCCGGCUGCUCCCGAACCAGCUGCCCAGCGAGUACCCUUACGGCGAGGUGUCGAAUACGAACGGGGCCAGCUCGGCGGUCGAAGGCUCCGACGUUUUCGUCGUCAACGGCCAGACGCGGUCCAAGUUUUACUCGUCUACGAGAUUCAUCGAUGAGGACUCGCAUUGCGUGUACGGCGGGAGCGAUGUGAUCCAUGUCUGUAUUCUAACCCCCCAGCAAGAAUCUUCGUCAGGGGGCCCCUUCUUCCGGGACAUUGACUCCAACAACGCCGGCGACUCGACCAACCUGUACAACUACAUGAACAGCGGCCAUGUACAGACCGAGGCGUACCGUAUGGGGCUCCAUGGGCCGUACGCCAUGCAAUUCUCUCGCUCCGGUGUGCCGAAGCUCCAGGACAUCGACGUCUCUUGGUUUGGCGAGGUGUCGGUCACGGGCUACGUCGCCGCGUCUGGCCGCGGCACCGUGAAGGGGACAGCUAGCGGCGUGGCGAGCGGGCAGCAGGGUGUGGUGCACUUCUACAACAAUGCAGCACAGUACUGGGCCAAGACCUCGUCCGGCGGCUCUUUCACCUCACCGGCGAUGAAGCCGGGCACGUACAACAUGGUGCUGUACCAGACCGAGUUCAAGAUUGGUACGGGCACCGUGACCGUCUCGGCCGGGCAGACGGCGACUCAGAACAUCGCGGGCAACUUCAACACGUCGCGCAACACGCUUUUCCAGAUCGGUGACUAUGACGGCCAGCCCACCGGCUUUCGCAACGCCGACAAGUUCCUGCGCAUGCACCCGAGCGACAGCCGCAUGGCGAGCUGGGGCCCGUUGACUUACACCGUGGGCAGCUCGGCGCUGUCUGACUUCCCCAUGGCGCUCUUCCAGUCGGUCAACAACCCGGUGACUAUCAAGUUCAACCUGAACGCCGUGCCGAGCGGCACGGCUACACUGCGUAUUGCUACGACGCUGAGCUUUGCUGGCAGCCGACCGCAGGCCAGCGUCAACGGUUGGUCCGGCCCCGCUCCGUCGGCGCCGACUAAGAUUGACAGCCGCGGCGUCACGCGGGGUGCGUACCGCGGGUAUGGCGAUGUUUACACCGUCAGUAUCCCUGCUGGGAAGUUGGUCUCCGGGAGCAACACCAUCACGAUCAGCUCCAUCUCGGGAAGCAGCGGUGACACUUUCUUGAGUCCCAACUUUAUUUUCGAUGCGGUCGAGCUCUACACGUAG